GGCGCAGUGAGGAGCAGGGAGCUCCAGUCAUCUGUCCGGAGAGGAGGAGGAGAACAUCUGCUCUGAGGAGGAGAACAUCGGAGCUGAGGAGGAGAACAUCUGUUCCGAGGAGGAGAACAUCGGAGCCGAGGAGGAGAACAUCUGCUCUGAGGAGGAGAACAUCUGAGCUGAGGAGGAGAACAUCUGCUCCGAGGAGGAGAACAUCUGCUCCGAGGAGGAGAACAUCGGAGCUGAGGAGGUGCGUCACGUCUUGCUGGUUCCAGGAUGCGUUUCUCCGUCAGGCCGAGUCUGUGCCUGCUGGGCUUGGUUCUCAUCUCUCUGUUCCCUCAGCCGGCGCGAGGCCAAGUUUCAUCGCCGCGAAGAUUUCGAGCCAAAGUCCUGAGUCCCACGAAGCUGCAGGUUCUGUGGAAGGAGCCGAAAGGAGAGUUUGAAAGCUACAAAGUCGUUUACACCACACGACCAGGUGGACAGAAGGAGGAAGUUCAGGUAUCGAAACAGGAAGCCAAGCUGCUCAUCGAGGACUUUGACCCGUCGAAAGAAUACGACUUUAAAAUCGUCGCAGUCAGUGGAGGACGUGAGAGUAAACCUCUUCAGGCCAAACAUGAAGCUCAGCGAUCAGGCAUCGAGGUGGUUCAGUCCCAGCGGAGACAAGACGCCGGUGUCACCGAGGAGAACAACGAGAUCUCGGAAGCUGAAGAAGGAUUCAUGUGUAAGAUUCCAGCCAUCUCUGACAUCGUGAUCCUGGUGGACGGCUCCUGGAGCAUCGGCCGCAUCAACUUCAGGCUGGUCAGGAGCUUCCUGGAGAACCUGGUCAAGGCCUUCAGCGUGGACAUCGACAAGACCCGGAUCGGUCUGGCUCAGUACAGCGGAGACCCGCGGAUCGAGUGGCAUCUGAACGCUCACACCACCAAAGAGGCCGUGAUGGACGCAGUGAAGAACCUGCCGUAUAAAGGAGGAAACACACUGACAGGUCUGGCUCUGACCUUCAUCCUGGAGAACAGCUUCAAACCAGAGUCUGGAUCCAGACCCGGCGUUCCCAAGAUCGGAAUCCUCAUCACGGACGGAAAGUCCCAGGACGACGUGAUUCCCCCGGCUCGGAGCCUGAGGGACGUCGCCAUGGUCCAGUUCAGUGACGACCCUCGCACCGAGUUCAAGCUGAACUCUUACGGGGACAAGGAGCGACUGCUGGACGCCAUCAACAAGAUUUCCUACAAGGGAGGAAACACAAAGACGGGUCGAGCCAUCCAACACGUGAAGGACAAGAUCUUCACGGUGGAGGGAGGAGUCAGGAGGGGAAUCCCCAACGUCCUCGUGGUCCUCACGGACGGACGAUCCCAGGACGAUGUCAACAAGGUUUCCAAGGAGAUGCAGACGGAAGGUUACAUCGUGUUUGCGAUCGGCUUCGCUGACGCAGACUAUGGCGAGCUGGUGAGCAUCGCCAGCAAACCCAGCGACAGACACGUCUUCUUCGUGGACGACCUGGACGCAUUCAAGAAGAUCGAGGAGAAGCUGGUGACGUUUGUGUGCGAAGCCGCCACCGCCACUUGUCCUUCGAUACCAAUGAGUGGCAGCACAACACCAGGUUUCCGUAUGAUGGAGCUGUUCGGCCUCGUGGAGAAUCGUUACAGCAGCGUCUCCGGUGUUUCCAUGGUUCCCGGCACCUUCAACACUUUCCCGUGUUUCCACCUGCACAGCAACGCUCUGCUGGCUCAGCCGACCAGGUUCCUCCACCCUGAGGGUCUCCCCUCCGACUACACCAUCAGCCUGCUGUUCAGACUCCUGCCCCACACCCCCGAGGAGCCCUUCGCCCUGUGGGAGAUCCUGAACAAGGACAACGAGCCGCUGGUGGGCGUCAUCCUGGACAACGGAGGGAAGACGCUGACGUUCUUCAACCACGACUACAAAGGAGACUUUCAGACGGUGACGUUCGAAGGGACGGAAAUCAAGAAGCUCUUCUACGGGAGCUUCCAUAAGCUUCACAUCGCCAUCAGCAAGACGAGCGCCAAAGUGGUGAUCGACUGCAAGAUGGUGGCGGAGAAAACCAUCGGCGCCGCGGGAAACAUCACCACCGACGGGCUGGAGGUUCUGGGCCGGAUGGUUCGUUCCAGAGGGAACAAGGACAACUCUGCACCGUUCCAGCUCCAGAGCUUCGACAUCGUCUGCAGCACGUCGUGGGCCAACAGAGACAAGUGCUGCGAACUUCCUGGUCUGAGGAAAGAGGUCGACUGUCCGGCUUUACCCAAAUCCUGCACCUGCACCCAGGACAGCAAAGGGCCCCCCGGCCCCACUGGACCCCCAGGAGGCCCUGGAAUCAGAGGAGCCCGAGGUGAUCGUGGAGAGCCAGGCCCGGUGGGCCUGACCGGUCCAGUGGGUGAUGCUGGUGUACCAGGACCUCAGGGGCCCUCGGGACCACAAGGACACAGCGGACGCUCCAUCAUCGGACAACCAGGGGCGCCAGGAGAGAGAGGGCAGAAAGGUGAGGCCGGACAACAAGGCACACAGGGACUGGCUGGUCGAGCUGGAGCGACAGGCAGAGAAGGACAACCAGGACCCAGAGGCCUCACAGGGAAAGACGGCCUGCAGGGCAGACCGGGGCCCCCGGGCACCAUCGGGACGCCAGGGGCCCCGGGGGCUCCAGGAAACACCGGCGCUGCGGGAAAACAGGGCGAGCUGGGACCUCCGGGCUCUGCCGGAGGCAAGGGAGAGAAAGGUGAACGGGGCGACCUGCAGUCGUCUGCGUCGGUUCAGGCCAUCGCCCGGCAGGUCUGUGAGCAGCUGAUCCAGAGCCACAUGGCGCGAUACAACUCCAUCCUGAACCACGUGCCCAGUCCGCCAGUGUCCAUCCGCACCGUGCCAGGGCCCCCUGGAGAGCCCGGUCGCCAGGGAACCCCGGGGACCCAGGGAGAGCAGGGGCCGUCAGGGAGACCCGGAUUCCCAGGACAGAACGGGCAGAACGGGCAACCUGGAGAAAGAGGUCAGUCAGGAGAGAAGGGGGAGAAGGGAUCUUUAGGAGUCGGAGUCCAAGGCCCCAGAGGACCCCCAGGACCCCCUGGUGCUCAGGGUCAGGGCAGACAAGGAAACCAGGGUCCAUCAGGGCGACCGGGGAACCCUGGGGCCUCUGGUCGGCCUGGGGUCCCUGGUCCUGUGGGCCCUUCAGGGCCCUCGGGAUACUGUGACCCCAACUCCUGUGUGGGCUACAACGUAGGAGAGGGUGAGGAUGACACUCACGGCGGCGCUGUCCCCGCAGUGCAACUGCCGUCCAAUGUUUUCCAGAACUACGGCGAGGCCGAUGAGGACGACCCCUACCGCUACUACCAGCCCAACUACCCAGCCCCCCGGCCCGUGUUACCUGACGACCCCGCGUACGACCAGGACGACAUUGAGCUGACGUCGCCCGGCGUCCGCCGCAGCGCACGGAGCCUGGAGGGGGAGGAGCAGAGGGUGGGGCCCAAGAGGAGGCUAAAGAGAGGAGGGACUAACUAACUGAGAGGAGGUGAUUGGAGGACAGAGGGCCACUAGCUGUUUCUGAUUGGACGGUUUGGAGCCCUCAUGGACUAAUCAACAAGUGCCUGACGUGGAGGGUUUGAUACGGACAUCGGGGGGGCGGGGCUAUUUGAACUAAUCUAUGCCAACGAAUUAACUCUGAGAAACAGUUUGAUGUUGUUUUUGUGAUUUUUGUCUCAGUGGAGACACUUUAAAAAAGGACGGAGACCGACGUGUCUCCGUGGAAACAGCAUCGACCGAUUCGUCUUCACAUCCAAAGUUUCUAAAACAAAACGUCUAAAAGUAGCAGCUGAUUAUUGACCUGGUUGGUUAAGUGCCUCCUGAUCGUCGUUCCGGAAUCUUCACUGAUGAUUGUGUUGUGUUGUGUUAAUUCAGUGCAACACAACAACAAACCGACACUCGUCAUGUGUGUGUCUGUUUCAGUUUUGUGACAGCAGACGUGUCGGCUGACGUCAGGUUUAACUUCACACUCGAUUAAACACAAACUAAAUUCAACAAAUACUCAUCUGAUACUACAAUAUUCAGAUUUUAUCUACACACACAUUGUCACACACUUUACUGUAUCUCAGUCGCGCUAACAGCUAAUGUUGUUAGCUUUGAAAUAAAAAGCUUUGGACACAAAGUUAUGUAUCAACAAUAUUUAUAACAAAAUAAAAGUUGAUCUUUUCGUAACGAAACCCGUUUUCAUCGGGUCUUUUUUUAAACCCAACAAAAAAACACUAUCUGCUGUUUGAUUUUAAUGUUUUACACAAAGACUCGAAAUAAAGAUGGACGACAUGACAUCUCCCAAAAAGUGAAGCCAACUCAGAUUUCAAA